UCAUGCAACGACAUCUCAUCGUCGGUGCAGAGCAGUGGGUACCAUGGCUCCGAAUCACGGAGAAUGCGACUACCGGUGCGCUGGAGUACUCGGGAAUCGUCUAUAAUAUCCUGAUCGCUCUUUCGCAGACGAUGCAUUUCACGUACGAACUGAGACGCCCUCCGGAUGGCCUCUGGGGCGUCGGCUUUCCAAACGGCUCCUGGAGCGGGAUGCUGGGAAUGGUGAAAAGAAAAGAGGUGGACUUCGCUCUGGGUCCCUUUGCGUUCAACUGGGAGCGCUACUAUUACGCCUGCGAGUUCACUCAGCCCAUCUUCAUGGACUACGAGAGCGUCUUCAUGAGGCGACCUAGAGUGGAAACAGAUCUGUUUGCUUUCCUCAAGCCAUUCACGUGGCAGGUGUGGGUCUGUUUACUCGGCGCGAUCAUCUUCACCUGGUUAACCCUGGUCCUGUUCCUCUACCUGAGUCCCUUUGAAGUGGUAAACGGUGCCGACAGCGUCAGCGAUGUCAAAGUGACUGCCCAAGGCGAGCCCCAAUCGAUGUCAGAGCUAGGGGGCGGCAGCGAGCAAGAAAGGCACCACGGAAACAAGUCUCACUUCUUCUUCGUUGUCCGGAGUCUCUCUUAUCAGACCAACACCUGGCUACCCCAGAGCGAUACGCGGCGAGUGGUCACAGCCACCUGGCUCGUCUCCUGCCUCAUUCUUGGGUCGGUGUUCUCCGGGACUUUGACUGCUAUGCUGACAGUUCCCCUCGUUCGUAUUCCCAUCGACAGCACUGAAGACCUGGUGAGGCAGCGUGAAAUUCCAUGGGCUAUUGAAUCUGGAUCUUUCCUCUUCCAGGUGCUCUUUCAAGCUACGAGCGGGAUAUACAAGGCAAUAUGGGACGGCCACUCUUAUCGAAUUACCGACUGCUACAGCUAUCGGCAAGACAUCAAAGCCGGAGUUUAUGCCGCAGUUUGUGAUAAAAUGACAAUGAAGAAGGUGAUGUCUGAGGAUUACAGCGACACGGGGGAGUGUAAUUUCUACAUGGCAAGAGAGGACUGGAAGUCCAUGCCAUUGGCUCUUGCCUUCCAGCACGGGCACUCGCUUUACGGCGAAGCCAACACACAGAUUCUGCAGAUGAUUGAUAAAGGCUUGGUUGGCCAAUGGAUUGAACAACAGAUUCCGAAUGGAACAGCCUGCCUCGGCCAGUCCACUUCGGGAAUAACAGGAGAUAAGAGGGCGUUAUCCUUAGAGGACUAUUACGGACUGUUUCUGGUGUUUGGUGCCUGUAUGGUGGCCUGGUCCUUGAUACUGGCGGUAGAAAUUAUGAUGGGCAGAAAAAGGCGGAAUAUUUGUUAAGUUGGAAUAGAUUCAAAGGAAUACAAAGGAUCUCAAGAUACGAUGACGAAGAAUAUGGACGAAAUGUCGAACGAAAUUAUAUGAGAAAAGGUAUCAUGCUUUUUGUGAAUAUUCUGUUAUG